AUGGAUCAAAGUGUAUCUGAUUUACAUAUUAAAGAAACUGCGGACAAGAUAAUUAAAGAUCUGCAGGAUGCUACAAAUGAAAUACGCAGGCUUCAGGAGGAGCUUCGCGUCCUUCAAAACACGAAAAAUUUAUCUAUCAUCCACUUAGCUCAAUACAAAAACGAUUACGAUACAUUACAUGAAUUGUAUCGUAAAUAUAAGGAGUAUUUAACCUACGGAGGCCAGAUUCAUCCUCCAAUUCAACAGCAACAGCCGCCGGUUCAAGUUCCGAUGCAAAUGAUGGGCCAACAAAUGAAGAAUUCACAGCCCAUUCAACAAGUUCCACAGCAAAUGUCAAUGCAACAAGCAAAACCAAAUAUCGUUAAAUCUGAAAUUCAAGAAUCCCAGCCAAUGCAACAGAUGCAAAGCCAAUAUAUCGAGGAUUCCUCUGCUUCUCAUCAACCUCAUAUUCAGCAAUCUACACCAAAGAAGCAGGAAGACACCUCAGCCUUAACCCAGGCCAACCCAUCCUAUACUAUUCAUGCAAACGAUCCUGCAUACAACUCCGAUCAUAUGAAGCUUAAGUAUGCUCUCAGUACCAACGCUGUUGUUUGUUCCGUUGCAUUCAAUAGCGAUGGCUCGAAAUUCGCAUUUACAAAUACCAAGACUAUUUUCGUUAUUAAUACAGAUAAUGGAUCAAUAUUCACUAAAAUUAAUAUGCUCUAUGAUCCGAAUAUAAACGAUUUUAAUCCACGUUGUCUUUGCUUUACACCAGACAGCCGCUACAUUGUUCUUGGCAAUGAUGAGUCCAACAUUUUAGUAUUCAGCGUUGCGACUGGCCAACACGUUAAAACAUUAAAGCAACAUACGAGAAAGAUAUCAUCGAUUAUCUUUACUAACGAGAACAAAUACAUGGUUACAGCUGGCUACGAUUGCUUGAUAUGCGUUUGGAAUUUAGAAGACUUCUCUCUUGUCAAUAAGAUCGUCAACCAAACGGAUCAGCCAGACGAUAUGAUAGUUGCCAUUGCUGUUGACUCCGAUAAAACAUUCAUCGCUGUUGGCUUCAUGAAAGGCAACAUUGGAGUUUACGAUGUCAAUUUCAAGGAACCAAUGCUACCGUUCAAGGCCCACGAUGGUAAUAUCAUGAAUAUUGCUAUCUCCCCAUUCGAUGGAAGUAUCGCUACAGGCGCAGGAACAGCUGGUGGAGAUUCUUCGAUUAAGAUUUGGGGUUUGUCCACACGCCUUACCCAGAAGAACACUCUUUCCGGACACAGCAACCUCGUACUUGCUCUCGCGUUCAAGCACGACGGUCCUCUCCUUCUUUCCGGAUCUAAGGAUGAGAAGGUCUGUGGUUGGGACUACAAGAAGGGAACAAUGCUCUUCGACAUAAGCGCACACAAGAAUACAGUCUUUUCAAUUGCUCACCAUCCGUCAAAGAACAUUUUCCUCAGCUGCUCCGGCGAGGGCCUCGUUUGCGUUUGGGAAUACGGACUCUAA